UGGUAAUAUCGAUCCCACCUUUUCUGUUGAUGUAAGUACGAUACGCUUUGUACGGAGACUGACUGUAUCUUUCUUUUUCUCUUUCUCUUUUUUCGAUGACUGCAUAGACUUGUUUCUUCUUGCGACCCUCCGACACAAACUACUACUUGGAAGUUGUACAUACCUCAGUAUAUAAUACCCGACAAAGACCAGAUUUCAAACGCUUCACAACCACACGGAUAUCACCAUCGGAGCAAACGGCAAACAAAAUUCUUACUUGCAACAACCUGGGUGGGGAUCGGAUAAAAAGUAAAGGUCCAUGACUUUUGAGCCGACGGAGAAGGAAACAUCCCACGGAACUCCCCUGCGCGAAGAAGUCCAGGACGAAAGCCGACACGCGACGACUCGGUCUCAUUCAGGACGGGCUUCUGCAUGGUUCGAGGACAACGAGGGCGUUCGUCCUCAAGAAGGUCGAGGGCUUGUCGGUGACGAGAAGAAACCUUCAUGGCACGAAAACGAAAAGGCCAUUGUCUGCAACGAGCGGGACGACGACUGUCAGGAUGAUUAUGGCGCCACGGAUAGUUCCCAUGAGACGUCGGAACUUCGAGAUCUUCGACGACAUCGAUCCAGUCUAGAAUGUCGAGAGAACACGGCCUUGUCUUCGGUCGCCGCGGCCCCAUUCACGCCUUACAGUCUCUGCGACGGCGACCAGGCCAAAAUCCAUUAUCAUGGCUCGGGGGGCUCGUCGACACACCGUCGACGUCAUUCGUCGGGAAGCUGCACAUCCACACUGCGAGAAGUGCCGAGUAACCUUGCAAAUGCGAGUCGGCAGACGACAGAUGGCUAUGGAAACACAUAUCCCGAAGGUGGGAGAGAGGCGUGGCUUUGUGUGUUUGGUUCGUUCUGUGGGUUGGUGGCUUCUCUUGGGAUGAUAAAUACUAUCGGUAUAUACCAGGCGUAUCUCUCGACCCAUCAACUCAAAGACUACUCCGAGAGUACUGUCGGGUGGAUUUUCGGCAUCUACGCCUUCCUGUCCUUCUUCUUCGGCAUCCAGAUCGGACCCAUCUUCGACGCCAAGGGUCCGCGCUACCUCAUACUCUCAGGCUCGGUGCUGCUCACAGCCGCCAUGUUGAUCCUGGGCGUGUGCCGCGAGUACUGGCACUUCUUGGUCACCAUCGGCGUCAUGUGUGGCAUGGGGACUUCGCUCAUCUUCACCCCGGCCAUCGCGGCCGUGGGGCAUUUCUUCCUGCACAAGAGGGGACAGGCCACGGGGCUGGCCGCCACCGGGGGGUCCCUGGGCGGCAUCAUCUUCCCGCUCAUGUUGCAGUCCCUCUUCCCCAGGAUCGGAUGGGCGUGGUCGACCCGGGUCGUCGCCCUGAUCGAUCUGGUCCUCUUCGUUUUUGCCAACUUAUUCAUCAAGUCUCGGCUACCCCCCCGCAAGGCCACCAAGGAGAACAUCCUCCCGGACUUCCGCAUCUUCCGAGACCCCGUCUUCGCCCUGACGACGGCGGGCACCUUCUUCAUCGAGUGGGGCAUCUUCGUGCCCCUGACCUACCUCAGCAGUUACAUGUUGAGUUACGGCACCUCGACCGACUUCUCCUACCAGAUGCUCGCCAUCCUGAACGUCGGGUCCUGCUUCGGCCGGUACUUCCCGGGCUUCGCGGCCGACAAGAUCGGCAGGUUCAACUCCAUGAUCGUCACCAUCGGUCUGUGCCUCGUCACGACGCUGGCCCUCUGGCUGCCGGCCGACGGGUCCGUCCCCCUCGUCGUCGUCUACGCCUUGCUGUUUGGCUUCGCGUCGGGGUCCGGUAUCUCGUUGACCCCGGUAUGCGUCGGCCAGCUCUGCAGGGUGGAAAACUACGGCCGGUACUACGCGACCUGCUACACCGUGGUGUCGUUUGGGUCGUUGACCGGCAUCCCGAUCGCCGGCCAGUUGGUGACGAAAGCCCAUGGCAAAUACUGGGGUCUGAUCGCGUUCAACGGAUGCGCCUACACCGCGUCCCUGGCGAUGUUCAUCGCCGCCAGAGUGGUGGGCGCAGGGUGGAAGGUCAAAAAGGUAUAUUGAUAUCGGUCGAUCCGGAUUAGUAGUACGUAAGUCACGAGCAUUAUACAUACGAGGCGUCGAGCGAUCUUUGUAAAUAGCAUCAUGUAC